AUGAAACUCUUGGAAGCUGGAGUGAUAUACCCUAUCUCGGACAGUACAUGGGUGAGCCCGGUCCACGUAGUUCCAAAGAAAGGAGGAGUGACGGUCAUAAGGAACGAGAAUGAAGAGCUCAUACCCACCAGAACGAUCACUGGACACCGGAUGUGUAUCGACUAUCGUAAACUCAAUGCCGCGACCAGAAAGGACCAUUUUCCCUUACCUUUUAUAGAUCAAAUGCUUGAAAGACUUGCUAACCAUCCUUACUAUUGUUUCUUAGAUGGUUACUCAGCAAGGUCCUCAAGAGAUGUGAAGGAGAAGCAUCUAGUGCUAAAUUGGGAGAAGUGCCAUUUCAUGGUGAGAGAUGGGAUCGUGCUCGGUCAUAGAAUCUCGGAGAGAGGCAUUGAGGUUGACAAAGCCAAGAUCGAGCGCGCCCUCUCACUCAGUUACUUUGCAAAGAAGUGGCGUUUGAAUUCAGUGGAGAAUGCCUCGCGGCGUUCAAAAAAAUCAAAGAGGCCCUCAUUAGCGCACCAAUCGUACAAUCACCGGAUUGGGAGCUUCCUUUUGAGAUUAUGUGACGCAAGCGACUACGCCGUUGGAGCUGUGCUAGGCCAAAGGAAAGAGAAGAAACUCCACGUCAUAUACUAUGCAAGCCGGACCCUCGACGAAGCACAAUGCAACUAUGCCACCACGGAGAAGGAGUUAUUGGCGAUUGUCUUUGCAUUCGAGAAGUUUCGCUCAUAUCUCGUUGGCUCCAAGGUUAUAGUGCAUACCGAUCACGCGGCUCUCAAGUAUCUGCUGUCAAAGAAAGAUGCAAAGCCAAGACUUAUACGCUGGAUACUUCUUUUGCAAGAAUUUGACCUAAAGAUCAUCGAUAGGAAAGGCGCGGAGAAUGGCCGCAGUACCUAUUCGAGGAAAGAGACCCCACCAAAAGCGACCACGGAGAGGAGAAAUGCCUUUGGCGCGCCGUGGUAUCGUCAUAUAGCCAACUAUCUCGCGGCCGAUAUAGAGCCUCCAAACUUCUAUGGAUACAAGAAGAAGAAAUUCUUGAAAGACAUCAGAUUUUACUUCUGGGACGAGCCAUACCUCUACAAGAAGUGCCAAGACGGAUUGUUUAGAAAAUGCGUGCCGGAGGAAGAGAUAGCCGGGAUUCUCCAUGGAUGUCACGGAUCAGCUUACGCAGGUCAUUUUGCUACGUUCAAGACAGUCUCUAAGGUCUUGCAAGCGGGUUUUUGGUGGCCUACAAUGUUUAAAGACGCUCAAGCAUUCAUCUCACGUUGUGAUGCCUGCCAAAGAAUGGGGAACAUAAGCAAAAGGAAUGAAAUGCCGCAAAACUUUAUCUUGGAAGUUGAGGUGUUCGAUGUUUGGGGAAUUGAUUUCAUGGGACCCUUCCCCACAUCCUUUGGAGAUCAAUACAUCCUAGUAGCAGUGGACUAUGUCUCCAAGUGGGUUGAGGCAAUAGCAGCUCCAACAAAUGACUCGAGCGUGGUGAUAAAAAUGUUCAAAUCUAUCAUAUUCCCAAGAUUUGGAGUUCCAAGAGUUGUGAUAAGUGAUGGAGGCUCACACUUCAUCAAUCGGAUCUUUGCAAACCUUCUAAAGAAAUAUGGAGUGCGGCACAAGGUAGCAAGCCCUUAUCAUCCACAAACAAGGCGGCCACCACUUGGGAAUGACACAGGAGGGUUAUUAAAACAAUUCGGUCGAAGAAAAUCUCAAUUGGCCCAAGUGGAUUCGAAGAAAUUCAAUCCAGACAUUUCUCUCGGCCAUACCGCGCACAAGGAAGCCUAA